UUUGUGACAUUACCGGAGUGUGCUGUCACUGUCAUAUGGCAAGCCAAGGCAGUCGCGACUGGUUUAGAGCAGAGACAGUUAUUACGGAUAGCAACCGUUCAUUCUCCACUCUUCCCAGCAGAGUCCUGGGCUUAAUCUCAAGCAGAUCCUGUCACUAAGAUUUCUCCUCCAGCCUCUUGUCUGUUAAUGGAGUUCCGGCAGGGCAGCGGUGAUUACUGCCACGCCCAACAUCACACAGCUUGAUCACGGGUGGAGACGCCCACGAUCUACCCCUGAAUGUCCGGAGGAACAGCUCUCACCAAAUGGGUUAAUUGGCAUCGCUGCAGCUGGUAAUUUGCUACCGGACACUGUUCCACCUACCCAGUUGCCCGGCAGAGUAUCCCUACCAAAAGGAAAAGAAAGACUUUUGUGGCCUUCCCAGAAAGGCAGCUUUUACUUUUAUAUACUGAUUAGUAGUGAUUUAUCGCAGAGGAUCCUGCAAAUUCCUGACACCUUCACUGUGAUAUACUGCACCUGUUGUAGUGUGGUACUGUGAGUGGAGCUGUUGAGGAUCCUGGACUGAGUGUCUGUUGAGUAGAAGGACCUCCGGUAUGGCCUGGAUGAACCGUCCGGACCCUGUCGAGCUCUGCUACAACAGCAUGCGCUUCCUUAUUAUGCACAACCCAACCAAUCAAACAUUAGACACCUUCAUUGAGGAUCUGAAAAGGUAUGAUGCGACAACAGUGGUGCGUGUGUGUGAAAUCACCUAUGAUAAAACACCGCUGGAGAAGGAUGGAAUUACAGUCAUGGAUUGGCCGUUUGAUGAUGGUGCACCUCCUCCUAAAAAGAUUGUGGAUGACUGGCUCAGUCUGCUGAAGAAAAGGUUUUCAGAGGAUCCUGGCUGCUGUGUCGCAGUGCACUGUGUGGCUGGACUGGGCCGGGCUCCGGUGCUGGUGGCUCUGGCUCUUAUUGAGGGCGGCAUGGAAUAUGAAGAAGCCAUUCACCUCAUCAGAUUGAAGCGUCGGGGCGCCUUUAACAGCAAGCAGCUGACGUAUCUGGAGAAGUAUCGGUCCAAAAAAAGACUGCAAUUCAAAGACCCACACAAACACAGGAGCAAGUGCUGCCUCAUGUGAUCCCAUACCACCAGCAGCCACUGAAGGAACUAGUCACUCUCAGACUACAAUUACCAAUCUAGUGCUUUUGAACUCUUGCUUUUCAGGAAAGGACGAAUCAAGCCUCUUCUGGUGUACAUGACCGACCCCUGCACACAGGGUCUUUACCAGCUCAGGACUGUGAAAGACGAGCCUCUUAGAGUUUUGUCUUUCCACACAAAACCCUCAUACAAUGUCAAACACUCACACUGUACCAGCAGCACACAAUCCAAAGAUGAUCAUGGCCACCUGCUCAUAGCACAAAAUCACUGUUAUUAUAACUCUCAAACCGCUUUACUAGCCUGCUCUCUUUCUCUUUUGUAAUUUUGAAGUUUCAGAAUGCAUGUCGCUCAACUUUUUUGAAGCACUCUCUCUUUUUUUUUUCUAAACCGUAUUGUGAAUCUACUCUGGGAUUAGAGUUUUGCACCACUAGCUGCUUAUCAAUUGAACUGUGUUUGCAUCUGGAUGGUGAACAGCACACUUUAACAUGGCUUCCAGAUUCUUGGAUGUUUUAGCUGCUUUUAAGAACCCAUUGAAUCUCCUGCAGCAACGAACUGAGAGAGAUCCAUGAGUGAGCGCACUUGUAGAUCAGUAGUCCUGUCUACAUUUAUUUAAGCCAGCAGCCACAAGAGGGAGUCAUCACACUACAUACUACAAAACAAAUCUGUUGUUACUGCAUACACAUUUCAAUCUCAAAGAGUUUAUUUAUUAUUUCUUGGCUCACACAUGGCUGUUUUUCACUGACAUGGUUGAACUGUGGACACUUUAGGAUUACAGAACUUUUCAGAUUUCAGAGUGAAGCUUGACAUGUUUCGUUGUUCAUAUAAUGGAAAAUUAAAUGGACUCAUGGGAUCUCUGCCUAAAUAAUGGUCGGUCACACUUUAUUUUUAUGGUCCAUUUUCUUGAAAUUAAAUUACAUUGCAUCUACAUGCCACCUAAUUCUCAUUAGAUUUUAAGUAGACUCAUAGGUUGAGGUUGCGGUUAGAGGAGUUGAAAUGUACUUAUAAAGUUUCUUACAGUCGGUAAAAUGUCUGUUGAAGGAGCAUAUCAACAGAUAUUAAGCAGACAGUCUACUAAAUCCUCAAAUGGGCCAUCAAAAUAAAAGUGUUACCAAAUAGUCUUGUAGAAAUCAACGUGAUGAAUCUCUUGUCAGGUACUGAAAUAAUCUCACUAGCAUUAGGGAUGAUUUACCCAAAAAUUACAAUUCUGUUAUCAUUUACUCACCUUCACUUGUUAAGUGAACAUAAAUUAAGUUAUUUUGAAGAAUGUUGUAGCUGGAAAAAAUAUAUUCUAUGGAAGUCAGUGGCUACCAGUUUCCAGUAUUCUUCCAAAUAUGCUUUUAUUGUGAUUUGGAACCAUUUGAAGGUGAUUGAAUUGACAUAUUUAAGUGAACUAUCCUAUUUAUCUGCUUUCGUUUGGGUAUGAAAUGCAAAGGAUACUGAAUUUGUUACAUUUUUUCUAAAUUUGAAAGCAAAGAUGUGUGGCAAAUCUUUUUUUAAAUGUAUUUUUGUGUAAUUGCAUCUUGAGAAGGAUAAACGAAUACAACAUUGUUACAUUUGCUUACGUUUUUUUUUUUUUUUAAGUAGUAUUCACUUAGCCUCUCGGGUCUAUCAUAUGAAAUGGCCGGAAAGUAGACAUUUUUUAAUGGAAAAGGAGAGCUUUAGACAGCUUAGGGCUGAUCUUGACUUGAGAUCAUGUGAUUGCAUUUCUGGUUCUGAUUCUCAGUUGUCCAUCCCAUAGUGGAUCGUAUUUAAAAGGGUGUGAAUAAAUCCGCUCGCUUAUAAAAGGGCUUCUCUACUCCGUCAUGUCUGUGAUUCUCUUCACCACUUUACAAAUCUGGAAUGAUUUGAAAUGUUGCAGGCUCAAUAAUUCAAAUAGUUCUUGGAGUGUCUGCUCAAUAAUCUAAGGAAACAUCAUUUUAAAAAGCAUAUUUAGAUAUCACUACUGCCACUUUUUGUGAGAAGGAUGGUUAAAACCUAAAAAUCACAUGCUGCGUCUCAGCUUUACCUCAUUCAUUCAUGGUCCUGAUGACAUUCGAUGUGUGAAUUUUUCACCAAUUUCCUAAAAGUUUCAGAAUUUUUAAUAAAACCACAUAUUUGACAUUAUUACUAUUGACAUUGGGUGAUGGAGUGUCUGUGCUUUAAAAUCACAGGCAGUUUACACAUCUGUAAACACAGUACGUUUCACCGGUCCACUAAGUUUUUGAUCAUAUCUACAGUGGCCUGUUUAAUAUCAAUGUAUUAAUAAUAUUACAAGUUUAAUUAAAACAGUUUCACAAUGAUUUAUUAUUCCCUGUCCAUAUUUACAGUGGUUGAUGUUAUUGUAUUAUUGACAAGAUUUAAUACCAAACCAGAAGAGUUAAGAAUUGAUGUACAUAUGGCUUUUUUAUGAAAUUGGAACAUCUGAAAUCUGGAUUAAUUAAAAUGAAUAAAAACUGAUUGCUCAGUACCACA